GCGAAGAAUUGGAUUGUUGCGCAUCGAUCUGCGUUAGAGAUCUUUUGAAGCCCAAAGGAAGACAUUCUGUUUGAGUCUCUUGCUAUGGGUUGGAACUACCAAGUAAGGAAUUGAAAUAUAUGAUGCUGGAAACUUACAGAAGGGAACUGCCAUGACAGAGAGACCUGAAAGACAUGUGUUCUCCAGAUCUCAAGAAAAUGACUGUGAAGGCAGUUCUGGGCCAUGAAGACCAGUGGAAAGCUCCCUGAGAGAGAGCCAUAGACAAUGUAUACUUCCGAAGAAAGAUGUAAUCCGAGAACUCAGAAAAGGAAAAUAUACCAUGUGGGCCCUCAGAAGGGUAAAAAGAUUUUCUUACAUGUGCAUGACGUUUCUCAAGUAGAUGAUCAGAUAUCUCAGUGCCUUGAAUGCCAACCCAACUUCUGCAAAAACUUAGCUUUUAUUAUGUGUGAGAGAACACACACUGGGGAGAAACCUUACAGACGUGAUAUGUGCGAGAAAACCUUUCUCCAAAGUACGGAUCUUACUUCACACCAGAGGAUCCACAAUUAUGAGAAACCUUACAAAUGUAGUAAAUGUGAGAAGAGCUUUUGGCAUCACUUAGCCCUUUCAGGACACCAGAGAACACACGCAGGUAAAAAGUUUUAUACGUGUGAUAUCUGUGGCAAGAAUUUUGGUCAGAGCUCUGAUUUGCUUGUCCACCAGCGAAGCCAUACAGGCGAGAAACCGUAUCUGUGCAACGAGUGUGAUAAAUGUUUCAGUCGCAGUACAAAUCUGAUAAGGCACCGAAGAACUCAUACAGGUGAGAAACCCUUUAAAUGUCUGGAGUGCGAGAAAGCUUUCAGUGGGAAAUCCGAUCUUAUUAGCCACCAGCGAACACACACUGGCGAAAGGCCCUACAAAUGUAAUAAGUGUGAGAAGAGUUACCGACACCGCUCAGCCUUCAUUGUACAUAAGAGAGUUCAUACUGGGGAGAAGCCCUACAAGUGUGGUGCCUGUGAGAAAUGCUUUGGCCAGAAGUCAGACCUUAUUGUGCACCAGAGAGUCCACACAGGCGAGAAGCCGUACAAGUGCUUGGAGUGUAUGAGGAGUUUUACUCGGAGUGCCAACCUAAUUAGGCACCAGGCAACACAUACCCACACUUUUAAAUGCCUGGAAUAUGAGAAAAAUUUCAACUGUGGCUCAGACCUUAUUGUGCAUCAAAGAAUUCAUAUGGAGGAGAAACCACAUCAGUGGGCUGCGUGUGAGGGUGGUUUCCUGUUAGGUAUGGAUUUUGUUGCCCAGCAGAAAAUGAGGACUCAGACAGAAGAGCUUCGUUACAAAUACAGUGUGUGUGAUAAAAGCUUUCACCAGAGCUCAACUCCUCAGCAUCAGACAGUGCCUGUUGGUGAGAAACCAUAUAUCUGCAGUGUGGGUGAGAAGGGUCUGGAACACAGCCCUCCCCAUGCAUCAGAAGCCUCGCAGAUAUCCUGACCAGCAGAUCAUGGACCUGUAAAAAUGUAUUUACAUGUCAGAGGACUAACUAAAAUGAAGAACGUAGGCAAAUCUCAAAUCUUCCUCGGUGCUGAAACUUCAGCGGGGAUCUGAGAGCCUGUGGUUGGAGGUAGUGUGCGACACCUUGCCCGCUAACAGACCGCCGUAUCAACUAGUUGUUGCAAUGAAGACAUUUACACAUGUCCUGUUUCUGGAAAGUCUUUAGUCUGAACUCAAAUUUGAUCACUCACAAAAGGAUUCUGACAAACGGGAAACCUUAGAAAUUGUGAGUGUGAGAGAGCUUUGUGACAGUGCUUACUCCUCAUUGCAAGGGAAUUUACAUUGGUAAACAACUUUUUCAAUGCCUGUAGGCGCAUCUCAUUGGACACCAGAAAGCCCACCCUGGGGAGACUCCAGCAAGUGUGAAGACAGCUUCUAACAGAACUCUUACUUUCUUGCCUAUCUGAGAAGCCAUACUGGUGAAAAAUUGUGCAUUUGUCUUGAGUGUGGCACAAGAAUAUUUAUAGAGAGCCUUACCUGGUUUUAUACCCCACAGAACACCCAACAUGAGGAGGGAGAGACCUUAGGAGUAUUUGGAUGAGAAAGCUUGUGAAUGGCUGGCUCUUGUGGUAUAUCAGGGAACUAAGUGGAAAAAAAAAAACUGUAAAUACUUUGAGUUUGAAAAAUGUUUUGCUGUAAGCUCUUAUCAGGCCCCAAAGAACCCAUUCUUAAGAGAAGCUUGCUGCUAUGAGAGAUCAGACUAUACAUAUGAUAGGAAUGAGAACUGUCUCAUAGUUGACACUUAAAAUAAGGAUAAGGUUGAUUGAGUGGAGUCAGCAUGAGAGUACGCUUUAGACAUCAAGGAGCUUGUUCUAGGAGAAAGUGGGCAGGUCAGAGGGGACCUAAUGGGUAACUCAGGUAAAGUUACUUUUGUUUUAUCUGAAUCACUUCAUGGUGGCUUUACUUUCAUUGUUUAAAUUUUAUACAUCCACUAAGGGAAGAUAAUUUAAUCUUUGUAAUGGGGUGACGUGUGACAGUGUUGGGAAAAAGAAUGUGUUGAUUUUGCCUCUGGAUUUUCAUCCUUGGCCAGAAUGGAACUCAUGUUAAGUAGCAUGAGAACCUCUUGAUGGUAGCGAAAAGAAUAAGAAGCUCGGAAGGAUGUAACUACGCCAGUAGUUUCCUCUUUGCAGGGCCAGCCUCAAAAAGGUGCAAGAUCCUCAGCUGCUUUCUUAGUGUGAAUUGAGUCACAUCCUUACAAUUUGGCUUUUCCCCAUGAUAUUUUUAUGGUUCUUAUUGGUAUUUGAAAUUUCUAUUUGAGAUUCAUUUUGUUUCAUUUCAAUAAGUAGGUUCCAGCAUUGUGGCUGUGACGGUAGUGUCUGUGCAUCAUCUUAUCCUCCUUGGAAAGAGAUGCCUCUGAGUCUGCUCUGGCUAGGUAAGGACAAGAGAGAGCUGGUGCCCACGUGUGCACAAUGUGAAACGGAGUGAAGUUUUCAACAGAAGAGCAAGGCUUCAUUUAGAGUGCCUGAGUCAGCCCGUGUUCCCUUCACUCUGCAAUCUUGCUGUUUACAGCAAUUCAAACCUCUUGAUUAUAUCUUUCAUUUAUUUCAGAUCUGCCAAGGAAAGAGAAAAUAUCUUUUAAUCCCAGGGAAAGAAUUGCAGUCUCCACAAUGUAAGGUAUACUUCUGGCUUGGACAGAGGAUUUUAAAUGCUACAAGGGGAAAGUGGUUGGCACUUGUGUCAUUUGUUUAAAGAUAAUCACUUGUCUCCUAAGUAACAGGAAGCUUUGAUUAUUUUUAACAUUCUCUAGGAAUCCUGUAAUCUAGGGAUUUGUAAUGUUUGCAUCGGUUGUCCUCUUCCUUCAGAUUAAGCCAUUUAAUCUAGACAAUUCAGGUUCAUGCAGCACUUGGGAUUCUGUAGGCUGGUCACUAGUCUUGGUUUGGUUUGGUGCAUCAUAAUUCCUAAACUCCAAAGGUCGUUGGCACUUGGGCGUGUGGAGGUAAGCAGCUGCUGCCUUGCGUAGCUGUUAGUGUUUCAUCCAAACGACUGAUUGAUGAUUAUGGUCCGCUUAGGUCCAGAAGGUGUAGCUUUUAAGAAGGAAACUGACUCUAGCAUAUUUUUUCUUUCAGUAAACAUCUGAAUGCUUAUUUGGUCCAAUUCGUUUCAGUACUUUUUUAUAAAUAGCUCUUGUACCUUGAACAGUUGCCCAUUGUGAUAAAACACACAAGAUCAUUGAUUUUUUUUGUUUGUUUGUUUAUAGUGAAAAUCAUACCUAUAACUAGUUUAUGUUCAACAAUAGUAUGUAAAAUAGCAUGGGUUGUGUGGCAUGGCAGUGAUGAAAAUUACGGCUACUUGGUGGUCAUUAGAACUUGGAGAAGGAGAGAAAAAAGCAGGGCAGUUAUUUGUGUCUUUCACUAAUCUUCUCUAGGCUUUAAAGUAAUGGUGGACCCCUCCCUCAGAACUCAGCUUUGGGCAUAUGAAUCAGGUCUGAGGGCUUUUAAUCAUGGAGGGAAAGAUGUUGGUACUGAUAUAGCAUAGCCUGAGGUUGGAGAGGACCAGUUGGGAGCCUGUAACCAAAACUAGAAGGUAACUUCUGGAGUGGAUGGAGGUUCCCUGAAGCAGUGCCAACCUAAAUCUACCUCAGGUAAGUCGGAUAACUUUUUCAAGGUUGCAGACCAAACAACUUGUAUUCAUUCAUUGUAUUCCUAUGCUUUAAUGUUUUUGUUUUAUCUUAAUGCUUAAAAUAAACAUUUGUUCUGACAAACUCUACUUUUGUUUCCAUUGUUCCAAGAGAAACGAUAUUUCUCUGUGCCUGCGUUAGGAGAAUGUGGAUAUUCAUGUGAUGCUUAGGCCUGAUGGUGGUGAUGACUAUUGAGCCCCCUUUAGGAAUCCAGAAGGAACUGCUUUCUGCCUUGCUGUGGACACUGUAUGUUUCUGAAGCAUCCACAUUGCAUACAUAAAUAGUACAGGAAAUAAUCAUGACUUGAACUGACCAUAUUUGGGGCUCUGCUAAAAUUUAGAGGCAACCAAUCUAAGUACUUGAAAUUAGAAAUUAAACUUGAUGUUGUGACUCCUGGUAGAAUUCACAUUUGACUCCAGUUUUUUUG